AUGGCGAAGAACGUGUUUGCUGUCCAAAUUUUCUUUAUUAUGUUCCGCGAGUGUCUGGAGGCAGUCAUCAUCAUCUCCGUCCUCUUGUCCUUCCUCAAGCAAUCUCUCGGAGGACCAGACCAGGAUCAAGCCAUCUAUAAACGCCUAGUCAAGCAAGUAUGGCUUGGCUCGUUUGCAGGUAUCAUCAUCUGUCUCAUCAUCGGCGGCGGCUUCAUCGGAGCAUUCUAUGGCCUCGGCAAGGAUAUCUGGGCAAAAUCUGAGGAUCUUUGGGAGGGCAUCUUUUAUUUAAUUGCCACCAUCAUCAUCUCCUUCAUGGGACUUGCGCUCUUGAGAAUCAACAAGAUGAAGGACAAGUGGCGCGUCAAGAUCGCACAGGCCUUGGCUGAGAAAUCAGCCGAGUCAGCCAAGCCAACCUCUUGGCUCGGUGACUGGUCAAGAAGACAUGUCAUGUUCAUCUUGCCUUUCAUAACAACCCUGAGAGAGGGUGUGGAAGCUGUUGUCUUUAUCGGUGGCGUCUCUCUUAGCUUGCCCGCAACAGCUUUCCCUCUGCCUGUUAUCUGUGGUAUCAUCGCUGGUCUCGCUGUCGGCUUCUUCAUCUACCGUGGCGGUAACCUCAUGUCGAUUCAAAUUUUCCUCAUUGCUUCCACCGGCGUGCUGUAUCUGAUUGCCGCUGGCAUGUUCUCCAAGUCCAUCUGGAGUCUUCAAUACCACACGUUCGCUCAGCGUGUAGGCUCAGACGUGGCCGAAGUUGGAUCGGGCCCAGGAAGCUACGACAUUACUGAAACCGUCUGGCACGUCAACUGCUGCAAUCCCGAAACCGAUAACGGCUGGGAUGUCUUCAACUCCAUCCUUGGCUGGCAAAAUACCGCCACUUAUGGCUCCGUCAUCGCGUACAACGUCUACUGGGCAUUCCUGGUCUUGACUGUCUCUCUUCUCAUCUAUGAGGAGAAGACCGGAUCAUUGCCCUUGAAGAACCAAUUCUUGAGUGUCGUGUCCAAGGUCCCGGGACUUAGAGGAUGGGCUGCAAAGAAGCGUGCGAACCAGAACUCGAAUGUCAAUGAGCAUGAAGUCUUCCGACAGGUCCAAGCCGCCGGCCUGCUCAGGGAAUAG